GAGUAAAGGAGCCGCGGUGACUGGAGAGCGGCAGGCUGCGGUCCUCAUUCCACGGAAAGGGUUCUGUCCUGCCAAGCAGAGCCCAAACCAUCAGGGGUCAUCAUCUUGUCUAUUGUCUGGAAGAGGAAGAAAAACGCCUGCAACGCGCGCCGCCAUGUAAAAGUCUAAGGAAGAAGCGAUUUUUUUUUUUUCCCCAAACUGAGAGAGUAUUUAUGGAAUAAAACCAGGUCAGCCAAGCACCAUGUCAGGGAUGUCCGAUGGGAAAAAGAAGUGGGCAGCGGUCAGGGAUCGCCUGGGCUCCUCUCAGGACUCCGACACGCAGCAGGAGGCCAACCUGGAGAGCGCCGACCCCGAGCUGUGCAUCAGGCUGCUGCAGGUUCCCACCGUGGUAAACUACUCGGGCCUGAAGCGUCGCCUGGAAGGCAGCGACCAGACAUGGAUGGUGCAGUUUCUGGAGCUGAGCGGGCUGGAUCUGCUCCUGGAGGCCCUGGACCGGCUCUCGGGCCGCGGGUGCUCCCGCAUCGCCGACGCCUUGCUGCAGCUCACGUGCGUCAGCUGCGUCCGAGCCGUGAUGAACUCGUCAGCGGGGAUUCACUUCAUCAUCGAGAAUGAGGGCUACAUUAGGAAGCUCUCGCAAGCCUUGGACACCUCGAACAUCAUGGUGAAGAAGCAGGUGUUUGAGCUCCUCGCCGCCCUCAGCAUCUUCUCUGCAGAAGGUCACCGCCUGGCUCUGGAUGCUCUGGAUCAUUACAAGGGCUUGAAGACACAGCAGUAUCGCUUCAGCGUCAUCAUGAACGAGCUGCAGGGCACAGAUAACGUCCCAUACAUGGUCACACUCCUCAGUGUCAUCAACGCGCUCAUCUUUAGCACAGAUGACCUGAGACAGAGAGAUAAAAUCAGAAAGGAGUUCAUCGGCCUCCAGUUACUUGACAAUCUGCCAAAAUUAAGGGAUCAAGAGGACGAAGACUUGAUUAUUCAAUGUGAAGCUUUCGAGGAGGCAAUGGCGGAAGAUGAGGAGGAGCUGCUGCGAGUGUACGGAGGCAUCGAUAUGAGCAAUCACCAAGAGGUGUUCACCGCACUCUUCAACAAGAUGAGCAGCUCUCCAGCCUCCCUCCAGCUGCUCUCCAUCCUGCAGUCCGCUCUGUUGCUCGGGCCGAGCCGAACCGACAUCUGGCUGGCUCUGGAGUCCAUCACCAACAGAGCCAUACUCCUCGCUCAGGAUUCCCAGAUGGAGUCCUGUGAGAAGAUCAUGCAGCGGCUGAUGUUCUUCAAGGGGAGGAGCUGCGAAGGCCACCAUGAAAUAGACGGGCUUGUGCUGAAGGCAGACAAGGCUGUGCAGACCGGUCUGGAUCAGGAGGAUGGAGAUGAGCAGGACACCAACACAGCAUCCACUCAGAAGCCUCUGUGUGCCUCUCCUCCACCGCCACCACCUCCACCUCCACCGCCGCUACCUGGAGGGUUGGGUGGGCCGCCUCCUCCACCGCCACCCCCUCCACUGCCUGGAAUGCCUCCUCCACCCCCACCACUACCAUGUGGUCCGGGCAUGCCUCCCCCUCCGCCACCAUUACCAGGAAUGGGUGGUGCACCACCACCUCCUCCUCCGUUACCCGGGAUGCCUCCGCCUCCACCUCCUCCGCCGGGGAUGAUUGUGCCUCAGAGUAGCCAGAUCCUGGGCUCCAGUACCCCGUCAAAGCCAAGCAGAUGCCCCACUCUGAAGAUGAAGAAGCUCAACUGGCAGAAACUUCGCUCUGUCGCAGAUGGUCAGUCCAUGUGGGCGUCGGUUCAGAAAGAACCGCCUCCUCAUGAGCCAGACUACGGCAGCAUCGAGGAGCUCUUCUGUCUGCCGGUCACCGAGCCCAAAGACAAGGGAGCAGCUGCUCCUGUGAAGAAGGAGCCCAAAGAGAUAACAUUCAUUGAUCCAAAGAAAAACUUGAAUAUGAACAUAUUCCUGAAGCAGUUUAAAUGCACAAAUGAGGAGUUUAUAGCCAUGAUCCAGACGGGAGACCGAAGCAGGUUUGAUGUAGAGGUGCUAAAACAGCUUAUGAAGCUCCUACCAGAGAAGCAUGAGAUUGAGAAUUUGAAGUCCUUCCAAGGAGAAAAAGACAAGCUGGCGAAUGUUGAUCGCUUUUACACCUCCCUGCUUAAUAUGCCAUGUUAUCAGCUCAGAAUUGAAUGCAUGUUGCUGUGUGAGGAGACGACAUCACUGCUGGAGAUGCUCAGGCCUAAAGUGAAGCUUGUCGAGGAGGCCUGCCAGUCUCUCCAGAUGAGCACGUUGCUGCCCAGUUUCUGCAGACUCAUCCUCGAUGUUGGAAAUUUUCUCAACUAUGGAAGUCACACAGGAAAUGCUGAGGGUUUUAAGAUCAGCUCUCUGCUCAAGUUAACGGAGACGAAGGCCAACAAGAGCCGUAUCACGCUGCUUCAUCACAUCCUGGAGGAAGCAGAGGCGAACCACCAGGAGCUGCUGGCUCUGCCGGAUGACAUAGAGAUAUGUCAGAAAGCAGCAGGGGCCAAUUUGGAGUCCAUGCAGGCAGAAACUGGUGCUUUGCUCAAACAGCUCAAUGACUCUGCCAAGAAAGUGUCAAACUCUGUGGAUGAGGUGAAGGAGCAAUACGCAAAAAUCCUUGAGGAAAAUCUAAAGGCGUGCCAAAGUUUAAAUGAAAGAUUCACAGAGAUCGAGAAGAAGAGAAGUGACCUGGCUGUCUACUUGUGCGAAGAUGUGAGUCAGCUGUCACUGGAGGAGCUCUUCGGAACCAUCAGAACUUUCAGAGAACUUUUUAUCAAGGCACUAAAGGAGAACAAAAUGAGGAAAGAACAAGCUGCCAAGGCUGAGAAGAGAAAGAAGCAGCUGGCAGAAGAAGAAUCCAAGAGACGGAAGGGAGAGAAUGGAAAAAUAAUAAAGAAAGGCGUUAUGCCACAAAACGAUGGCUGCAUCAUCGACCACCUCUUGGCAGACAUCAGGAAAGGUUUCAGCCUGAGAAAGACCCGGCCAAGGUGCGAUUCGGAAAGCCUCUCCUCUAGUGAAAUGCGUAGAGAUGCCUGCCCACCUGGUUCAAGUGUGAAGUCUGCAGACGAAGGAGCCGCACCCUCCACUCCCACCAAGCCUCACUCAGAGGAUCCCCAGCGCCCCGAAGGCGAAGUGAACGGCUUCAUCAGCCCGUCGGAAGAGACUGCACAAGCUCCACAGCCGAGUGCAGGCCAAGAUGGGACAGCGGUGCCUCCCAAUCCAACCCCUGGACAGCCAUCUAUGACGACGCACACCCCUCUGGAAAGGCCGGCAUCGCUACAGGCCGGUAAAGACCGAGAGAAACCCACUGCCUCUGUGCCAGACACAACACCACCACCACCUGAGGCUGAAGUUCAACCAGGACUGCAUACAAACAGCUUUUCUUUAGAUUCAACGGAGACUAGCGUCCUCAGUCCAUCAUCCCUGUCAGAUUCAGACCUGCUUGAGGCCGUGCUGGACAGCGCAUCAACCUUGGUGCAUGAAGUCUCAGAUGAGUCCGGCAUUAGCAAAAGCCUCGAUAACCAAGAAGGUUCAUCUGUUACAGACACUAACGGGAAAUGUGGUGAACUUCCCAAAGGAGACCACAAAACAAGCCAUUUACCAGAAGCGAGGGGACAAGGUGAAGACAAAGAAUAUGUAACUGUGAGGACAUGUGGGGAGGACGAAGUUUGGAGUAGGAAACACUCGGAACCGAAAACGAGUGUAGUUGCACUCGAUGAGGGCAUCAGCGGGUGCGACGUGCCAGAUGGGCAGGAACCAGAAGACGUGCCGUCGGUCUCUGAGGAAGUGUCCGCCUCUGUUGCCCCUGAACCAAAGAAACAGCUGAAGCUCUUUAAGCGAAGCAAAAAAAGGAGUAGUCAAGGUAACAGUGGGAAAAGUGGGAAACGACACACUAAACAUAAAUCAGGCUGUGUGUUGCAGUGAGGUAGGUCACAUCGACCCGGUGCCAGACUGUAAUCAGGAUUAUCCUAACGAACUCAAUCAUCGUCAGAGCUCUGUGCCAAUAACACGUCAUCUGUCGGUCUAACUGGAAUCAGGAUAUUUUUCAUCUGUCUGUGUCGUCUGAACCCCUUUUUUAAUGCUUGCUCUCUAACACUCUUCAGACUCAGUGUUUGGUCAUGCUGAAAUCUUUCCUUGAGGUGAUUCUAAUGCCAAUCAAAGCUGGUGGAAGCAAAAACCUGCCGCCGCACUGCCAUGCGCAGCAAUUAAUCCAGUUCUGAUCUCGGUCGGACUUGCAGUGUGAAAGUCGCUGUGGUGUCAUUGUUGACUUUCCCCAUAAAAUCUCACUUUUGUGUCCUCUGUCCAUAUUUAACUGUCCAUUCUCUGGAACAACAAGUGGGACUGUCUACCAACAGUCUCCCAUGUGCUUUCUGUAAACUUGGCUCUGUGCUUUUUAACGCAAUGAAAACUAAUGUAAAUGCAUUCAAAUGUUUCAUCACUUAAACAUUUAAAUAUGUAAUUUUCUUUCCAUUUAGAUACAUUUUAAUCUGUACAUUUAUAUAUUUCUAAAUAUAUUAAAGUAUUUU